AUGCAACUGUCCACCGGCUGGAUAUACCUCUCGUUCGAUUUGAUAAAGCUUUUUCUAACUGCUGUCUUGCUAUGGCCAACUACAGCUCUGGCUGAACUUGAAAACACGACUUACGACGACGCAAGCGGCCUGUUUACUUGGACUGGUGAAUGGAAUGCUGCGUCACCGUCCUGGCCAUGUCCAGACUGCCUUUGGCAACCUGAUAGGUCCCAGUUGUACAACGCUACAUGGCAUGACGGAGGCUCAGAUGGAGGUGCAAGUGGACGCAUACAGUUCUCCGGCUCUGCUGUCUAUAUCUACGGAAUUGACAUACCGAACGACGCACUGGCAUGGUUCACCCUAGACAACUAUGACGCGGUCAACCACAGCAGCUCCGCUGUAGGCGACGACCCGUGGAAAUACGGAGCUCUAUUCUAUAGUGAAACAGGAAUUUCGGAGGAUAUUAACCACACUCUCCAGUUCUCAGUUGGAUCUACGGACUCUACCGGACCCGGUAUCUCGUCCAUAAUACUCGACUAUGCAGUGGUAACUUCAAAUAAGCUGAACCAUACGACUUUGUCGUCCUCUGCUCGAGAGUCGUCUACCAUCCGAUCAGCAUCCACAACAUCCACUGCAUCUAUCACCGGAUCACCGCAGCAACCUGGGCCGAGCUCAGAGGCAAAAAAGCACGCCCUCAUCGGCGCUGUUCUCGGUGGUCUCGGGGGCGCAACAAUCGCUGCAGCAGUGUUCUGGGCGCUGAUACGUCGCCGUCGACAAAUAAUUUACUCCAAGGUUGUUGAGCCGGAACCGUACGAGUUGACGUCUCAAGAGCAACCGUCUUCUCGUCAGUCCUCAAAAGCACUCUAUAUGCAUCGCUCAGAGUCGGAUGUGCCGCUAGAAAUUGGACACAGUCCGUUGUUCGCGUCAACAUCUACUCGUAGGCAAGGUGAUCAAGAUAGAGAGUAUUCCACCGAGGAUAGGGUGAGAGAGUUGGAGGCCAGGGUGCAGCUAUUAUUGGAGGAGAGGGUCCAUAUUGAGUCUCCACCGGAGUAUCAGAGGAGCAUAUGA